UAGGGUCCCCUUCUUCCAAUCUUCCAAUCUCCUCACUUCCAACCCCAUGGUGAUAGAACGUCACUAGCUCAUCCCCUUUUGUUUUCCUCCCAUUUUGCCGAAAUCUAAGUCUGAAACUCCAUUCUUCGUGAGGGGUUUACAGUGCUUAGAAGCUGCCUCGUGUUCCCGCAUCAGGAUAUGACUUUAACUAAAAGAGGGAGAGGUAGACCCCGAGGUGGAAGAUCAUGUGGUCAAGAUAGAUCGUCAUGCAGAACAGAACCUAGAAACACAACGCCAAUUUCUACAUUCAACCUUAGAGAUGAUAUGUUAGGUGGCUCAGAUGACUCAAUCGAGCCACCUGAUGUUGUGCCAAUGACAGAAUUUCCUGAUGCCGGGCUCCAUUCUCCAAUUAGCAGAAAUGAUAUUGAAGUACCUAUGCGGAAACGUGUCCACGGACUAUCUAAGUGUACAGAAUUUGAUAAAAUCUAAAAAUAUGGAAAAAUAUCUUUGAAAACACUAUGUUGGGGAGAUUGCCCCUUGUUGUGAGAACACUAUGUUGUAUACAACAAGGGUUGCUUGGAUACUAAAGCACCAUAGUGACCUUAGUCACGCUACUUGGCACGACGUACCAACCAAUGAGAAGGAUGAACUGGUAGCUCGUGUUCAGGUUGAUUUCAUCCUAGACUGGACAAAGAAAAAUCAUCGACUAACAGUAAUGAAGACAUUUCGGAAGAGAUUCAAUGCAAUACGGUAUGAGCUGCAUAAGAUUUACAAGACAUUUGAGAAUGCCGAAGAAGCACUGGCUAAUAGGCCAUCGUGGGUGAACCCAAAUGUUUGGGUGAAGUUAUGUGGGAGAUGGUCAAGCGAGGAGUUUAAGAGGCUAUCAGAGCAGAAUAAAUGUAAUAGGGAGAAGCAAAAAAUGAAUCAUACUGUUGGAAGAACCUCAUUUUUACGCCUAAUGGAACUAAGGUCUGAUACUGAUAGUCAUUUAGUUGAUUUCUUUAAAGACGUGCGGUGGUCAAAGAAAAAGGGAAAAUUUGUUACUCCCUUGAUUGAAGAGAAUUACAAUGAGAUGGCCAGAAAGUUGGCUAAGCUAGAGCCUAAGAAGCACACUAAAGAGGCUGCAACAACAAUAUUCGAAGAGGUUCUUAGCCACAGGUCAGGCUAUGUGAGGGGGUUAGGAGAGAUGGUUAUUCCUGACUCAUCUAGAGGCUGUAAUGAUGAAGUUAUUACAGAACUCACAACAGUUGCAGCAAGGCAUCAGGAAGAUGUAGCAAGGCAUGAGAAAGAUGCUCAAUAUUACAAGAGCCAAUUAGAUGAACUAAGGGGGGAUGUAAAGGUACUCUUGGAGCGGCAACGCGAAUAUGAUAAGUUGAUGACUACAUUAAUGUCUGAAAGCAGUCUCAAGGAGAGUCUCAUAGAGAGACUCAAGGAGCUGCAUAACCUCUUGUUAAGAACCACAAGAGCCCAUUUUUUGAAUAUUUUGGCAUCAAAAAGUGAUCAGGGUGAUGACAAACCUUCCACAAUUUUCUAACCUUUUGUUGAUAUGUGAUUUUUGUGGGGCUAGGUGCAACUUUUGAGAAAACUAUCAAGUUGAAGCUAUGUAACUUCAAAGAUAGUUGAUGUGCAAUGGCAAUGUUAUAAGUCAAAGAUGGUAUGCUCUAUAUAGGUAUCAUAUCCCUUUUUCUCAUGGUGGCAUAACUUCUUAAUCCAGAUAUUGUAGCAAGUAAGUGGUGGGGAAGCUAGAAACGUUAGGCCUUAUAGCAUCUGGAAUGUUUAUUGGUGGCCACUGCGGGAAGUAUUUCUCAUCCUUUUUUAGAAAGAAUAUAGGAAAUCCCUUUAGUUGAUCCUGUUACUUCAAUCAUCUUGAAAAUGGAUAAAGAAAGCACCCAUUGUUAACUAUCAAGGUGAGUCUUAAUAUUUCUUUGCAGAUCAAUUUUGGGCUUUCAAACCAAAGAGUGGAGCAGGUUUUUAUUUUAAUGAGAUUGUCCAAAGUUGCAAAAAAUGGCAUGUCUUUUGAUGAGUGUAUGCAAAAAUAUGUCCAUUGCUUUCUUUUGAGUAUUUCAUGAAUCAUUUUGAUGAUCAAAUUUCUUUUAAACUUUGAAGGUUGGAGUUUCGGGGUAGUUGAAUCUUCUUUUCUUUCUUCUCCCUCUGCUUCCCGCACGACACCCCUCUCCCUCUC